CAUUGACAAAUAUGGCAGUCGAUAUCAGAAUUGCUCGAGGAAAGAAACAAAUAAAGCAAAUCCAUGCUGAAGAAAUAGAAAACCUAGUUACACCUGGUGAUAUUAUAACUUCAGAUCAAGGAUUUAUGAGAGGCCAUGGAACGUUUAUGGAAGAUGGGAAACAUUUUGCUUCUGUAGCAGGUGUAGUAGAAAGGGUGAACAAAUUGAUUUGUGUGACACCUAUCAAAACAAGGUACAAUGGCGAGGUGGGUGACAUUGUGGUCGGCCGGAUCCUGGAGGUGGGAAUGAAGCGAUGGAAGGUGGACACGCACUCCAAACUGGACUCAGUCCUCAUGCUGUCCUCUGUCAAUCUGCCUGGGGGAGAACUUCGGCGCAGGUCAGAAGAAGACGAGAAGCUGAUGAGACACUAUCUGAAAGAAGGAGACCUGAUUAGUGCAGAGGUACAAUCUGUCUUCUCAGAUGGAUCCCUAUCUCUACACACAAGAUCUCUCAAAUAUGGAAAGCUUGGGCAGGGAACGCUGUACCAGGUGUCUCCAUCGCUGAUCAAGCGGAGGAAGACGCACUUCCACAACCUGCCGUGUGGGGCCACGGUGAUCCUCGGGAACAACGGCUAUGUGUGGAUCUGUCCCACAGAGGGCGAUGUCACUGAACAGUCGGGAGGUUAUGAGCAGAAUUUUGAGCCAGUGGUGCGGGCUGACCGGGAGGUGAUAGCUAGACUAGGGAACUGCUUGCUGGCUCUGGCAGACCACAAGAUGAUGUUGUUUGAUACAAGCAUUCUGUACACAUAUGAAGCCUCGCAGAAAUUCCCAGUCAAGGACAUUAUGAAGCCUGAAGUCAUGACAGAGAUUAUAGACCUAGCAAGACAGAGACUGGAGAGGGAGGGGGCAACAUGAGAGGCAGAGGGACAAUUAGAGUCGUGUUCUGAGAAAACUAGGCAUUAUGCAUGUGCGUAAAGUGUCGUCCCAGAUUAGCCUGUGCAGUCUGCACAGGCUAAUCAGGGACGACACUUUCCGCUUUUAUGGUGUUUUUAGUUUCAAUGAAGUCCCUCAUGACUGAAAAUCAAGUUUAGGCGGAAAGUGUCAUCCCUGAUAAGCCUGUGCGGACUGCACAGGCUAAUCUGGGAUGACACUUUACGCACAUGCAUUUAGCUCAGUUUUCUCAGAACGUGUCUCAUUAGGAGAACGGCGUGUAUCAAGUGAUGGCGAAAACAUCAGCACACUGCAGUGUGGCUAAUGGGGGUCAACAUGGCGGGGCUAUUUCACCUUUAAAUGAUUUCUUUGAAAAUACAGCACGCAUUUCAAUAGUGAAUGACCUCUAUGAGUUUUAAAUGGUGAUUUUCCCUGUUGAAUGACUUAUUUGAACGUACAGGAUUUCUGCAAAUUGAAAUCACUUCCUUGAUAAGACAUGCUUAUGGUCUGUAGUUUUUGAAUUUCACCUUGAACAACUGAUGUGAAUUGAAAUUGUGAAUUUCACCUUUAACAACUGUCAGAUGGGAAUGUAGAUUGCAAAUUUCAGAUUUAACAUGAGGUAUGAAUGUAGAUUGUGAAUUUUACCUUUACCGGUAAAUGACAUAUGUGAGCAUGGUAAAAUAUUAAAUUUCCAUGGCUUUUGUGAACAUUACCAGGGGACAUUUGUAACACCUCUGUAUGUAUUGAUGUUACUCAACAAAGCACAUCUCAACAUACAUACAGGAUCACACAUUUAAAUGACUUCAGACUUCAGUGAACAUAUUUUGUGGAUUUUUCAUUUAAAUCACUUCUUUGACAAGACGUGGUGAAAACAAAUAAGACGGGUUCUGAGAAAACGGGGCUUAAUGCAUGUUCGUAAAGUGUCAUCCCAGAUUAGCUUGUGCAGUCCGCACAGGCUAAUCAGGGACAACACUCUGCUAUUAUGGUAUUUUUGUUUGAAGGAAGUCUCUCAUACACGAAAAUCCAGUUUAGGCGGAAAAAGUAGUCCCUGAUUAGCCUUUGCAGACUGCACAGGCUAAUCUGGGAUGACACUUUACGCACAUGCAUUAAGCCCAGUUGUUUCAAAACGUGACUCAAAUGUGGAAAUGUAUUGUGGGUUUCACAUUGUAAUGAUCUCUUUGAAGAUGUAUGUUGGAUUUCACCUUGAAAUGACGUAAAAGGACUGCUUCAUAUGGACAUUAAACAGUCGAUAUAUCCUAGUUAUUGAGUAUCAGGCUGACAGAUCCAUAGAGAUCUAUAUUAUAUAAUCAUGGAGAGACAUUGGCAAUCAGAUUGUUUAACCACUUUAUACUGUGGAAAGCAAAACUAUGGUCUGUGGAAUUUCCUUUAUACAUUAUACACAUACCUUCAUAUGUGCAUGCUUUUAAUGAAAGCAGAUAUAUCAGGACAAUAUAUUUACCCUAAAUAAUGAAUACAAUUACAUUUUCUGCAAGUUUACUUAGUUUGUCCAUGCAUGAAGGUAUAAUUUCAUGGAUUUAGAUUUAAUUUAUGACUUUAUACUAUUCUAUUAGGUGUUUAUAUUGUGUCUGACUUUUUUAACAUAAACGCACUUCACUGUAGCAUGUUGUAUAAACGUAUUGUAUUACCUAAAAAUAAAUGGCUUCCCAAAUGGCCUAACCGAGUUGGGGAGCACAAUUUA